UAACGUUUUUGGAAUGCAUGAGUCUGUCAGGACCCGACACAAUGUUUACACAGUUUUCUGGCUGAAACCCUUGCAGUGAAGGAAGGAGGAGAGUCCCGGGGAAAAAGAGCAAUGGGUCCAUGGUUCUGCUUUUUCACAGCUCUGCUCUUGGUGGAGACUCAAAGCUGCCCCGAGAUCUGCAACUGUGUUGCCAAGAAGAAAUACGGCCGCCACAUCGCCGACUGCUCCUACAGAGACCUCCGGGCCGUUCCCCUCGGCCUGCCCUUCAACGCAACUACUCUCACCUUGUCCGUCAACCACAUCUCCUCCCUGCAGGAAGACUCCUUUGCGGAUGUUGUUGACCUGCAGGCCCUGUGGCUGUCGCACAAUGAGAUCAGCACCGUUGCCCGGGGCGCCUUUGCCUCCCUGGUGCAGCUGAGGGCCAUUGAUCUCAGCCACAACCGGAUUGCCCUCUUCCCCUGGGGGGACCUGGCCAACCUCACUGCCCUGCAGCAGCUGAAGCUCAGCAGCAACCGGCUGGAGAGGGUCCCCCCAGAGGCCUUCCGCACCCUCAAGGACCUGAGAUCCCUCUGGCUGAAUGACAACAGGCUCUCCGUCCUCGCCAGAGGGACCUUCAGCUCCCUGCCCCUCUUGUCCCAGUUGCAGAUCAACCACAACCCCUUCAACUGCUCCUGCAAGGCCUGGGGACUGAAGAGGUGGCUGGAGGAGACUCUAGUUUCCAUCCCAGAGAGGGACUCCAUCACCUGUGCUGCCCCAGACAACCUGAAGGGCUUCAUCCUUGGGAGAGCUUUGAAGCUGGACUGCAUGCUUCCCUCUGUCCAGUUGGCCUAUCACUCCAGCUUGGGCAACAGUGUGCUGCACGAUGAGCUUACUCUCCGGUUGCACUGCAGUGCGGUGGGAAGGCCGCCACCGGAGAUCCAGUGGAAAAUCCAGACCUCCACUCAGGAGAUGGUGAUCAGUGGACCAAACGUGGGAGAAGGGGGCAACAGGCUGGCUGCCGGGAGUUUGGAGCAGCGCAUCCUGGUCUUCAAGAACGGCUCGAUGGCCAUCCCUGAGUUCAGCAAGGCUGAUGAGGGCAUCUACACCUGCCAGGCCUUGAAUGAUGUGGGGUCUCGGGAGGCCUCGGUCAAUGUGGCCUUGGCCGGUUCGAAGAAUCCUGCCGGGGACAUCAUCCGGAACAAUAUCCAAGCCAGCGAGCCCCAAACUGAACCUUGUGAGAAAGAGGAGUCCCCCAAAUCGGAAGACAAGUUCGUGGUGAUCUACCUUACCCCCGUGGUGCCGAUGACCAGCAAUGAGGGAGCCACCCUUUGGGAGCCACAGGCCUGGGCUGGUGUCCUUCUGCUUCCACUGCUCACUCUUUAUGGCUGAGACACUUGCAGCCUGGUAUCAUGCGUAGGAACGUAGUGCUGCAUUAUUGGAGGCGAGGCUGAGAUAUUAUUUAUUGCAUUUAUAUCCCACCAGUUUCUCCCAGGAGCUCAAGGUAACGUAGUUAGUUCUCGCCAUAACCCAUUUUAUCCCUACAACAACAACAACCCUGUGAGGGAGGUUAGGCUGAGAGGCAGUGACGUUAAUGGCCAAGUAGGUGUUUGAAACUUGGUCUCUCUCAGGUCCUGGUCCAACACUCUAACCACUACGUGUCACUACCCCCCUGGUUGCAAAGCAGAGCUGUCAAAGUUAAAUCAUCAUUCCUCCUUCCAGGAAACCUUGAGAACUGUAGUUCCCCAUGUAGGGAUUAGAGUCCACUAACACAGAAUCCUCAGCAACUUAGAAGGAAGCCAUGGCAUUGCAGUAGGAAAAGUGACUGAGC